AUGGCAAAGAAGUUAGAAUUAGUAUUAAGGAUAUUAGUAAUAAUAUGUUGUAUUGCAUUAGUUUGUCUAACAAUACCUUACUGGAUAUAUAUCAAGUAUGCUGCAGAUAAUUCGGCCUGGGUUGCCCUGGCUUUGUACAUAGUAUCAUGUGUAAUUCUAUUGAUAUUGGCAUUGAUUGGUACUUUAGGAUCAAUCAAGAAGAGUAGAGGACUACUUCUUUAUUUUGCUGUUGUAAUGAUCAUUAUGCUUCUCUUUGGUAUUGCUCAGAUCAUUGUUACUUCAUUGGAUGUAGCUGGAUGUAAAGAGGGUGGUAACUUCACCUUCCUUUGUUCAACUAAUACAGCUGGAUACUAUGUUCCAGUGGCUAUCAUUCUCUUUAUCAAUCUAAUUGGAGGUAUUAUAGCAUUGGUACUAAGAUGGAAGUUGAACAAUGAUCAACCAAAGAACUUCUAU